AUGGCGGUUUGUGGGAGCGUGCGGCGAUCAGCGGCGCUCUAUGUUUGGUCCCUUGCGAUCGCUUGUGUGCUUCCGGCCCUGCCACCGUGGCAGCUCUGCAGAGGAAGCGGGGCAGGGGUGACCUCUCGUCGACGACUGGCGUGGCUCGCGAUCACUGUGUCGCUUGCAAGACGCGACCGCGUGGGCGCCAGGAACGUUGCCGUCCUGCAACGUGCGACAACUGCCUGUGUGGUAACAUCUCAUGGCGUCGGCUUGGAGCCGCAGUGGGGCGUUUUCGGAUCGUGGGACAGGCAUUGCAUUGUGUGCGGCGUCAGAGCUGCAUAG